UGGGAUAUGACGUGACGACACCCGGAAAUCUUCCAUGUGGAGGACAGUUUGAAGUGUUUUGCUAAAAGAAAUGCUGCAGAUAUCUAAUAUCAAUGUCAGACAUGAGCAGUGAAGUGACAUGACGGGCGACGCCAUGCCAGCCACAAACAAAAAGAAGCAGAAGCAGGGGAAGGACACGGCGGUGCAGGGGACCAACGACAGCAGCGUGGUGAGCAAGGUGUCUGCCGCAGCGCAGGGAUACUUCAGGGAUGGUUUCCUCCGGCACUUCGUCUGUAAAGCGGCCAGGAGAGCGCCGCUCAUCAACAGGGGCUACUACGUGCGCUGGAGAGCUGUGGAUCACUGUGUGAAGAGGUUUCUACAGAUAACGGAAAACUGCCCUAGGAGGCAGAUUCUGUCUCUGGGUGCGGGCUUUGACUCUUUGUAUUUUCGCCUACAUGCCGAGGGGCUUCUUGACAGAGCUGUUGUGUUCGAGGUGGAUUUCCCAGACGUCGCCCGACGCAAAGCUGCCCUGAUCGGUGCCACUAUUACACUCAGGGAAAAGAUAGACUCCCAUUCUCCUUCCCUCCAAGGCCCUGUGUACGUGUCUUGUGAUCAGUACCGCUUGCUAGGCCUGGAUGUUAGAGAGGAGUCCCAGGUGGAAGAGGCUCUAGGUGGGGCUGGGCUGGACUGGGAUGCCCCCACCUUAAUUCUCUCUGAGGUGGUGCUUACUUACAUGGAAACACAAUGGUCAGAUGCUGUUAUUUCCUGGGCAGCGAAGCUCUUGCCCCAGUCGCUCUUCGUGAUGUAUGAGCAGAUUCAUCCUCAUGACCCGUUUGGUCGGAUCAUGCAGGAUCACUUCCUGAAGCUGAACUCAACACUACACGCUCUUCGACAAUAUCCAGACACAGCCGCACAGACACAGAGAUUCCUGGACAAGGGCUGGGAUCAGUGUGUGUGUCUGGAUAUGAAUGACUUCUACCUGGGCCUGCUACCUGAGGAAGAGAGAUGCAGAGUGGAGAGUCUGGAGCCCUUCGAUGAGUAUGAGGAGUGGCACCAGAAAUGCACCCACUACUUUAUCCUCACUGCAUCUCGAGGCUCGUUGACUGCCCAGGCUUUGCUCACACACCCUCCAGUAUCCUCAGUCCCAUGUAUGAGCCCAUCUCAAAGCCCCGCGGCCCUGAGGGCAGAGACAUUGCCAACAGAAGUGUGUGUGGAGGGGCUGGCGAUGGCUUCCACCUCUCUGGGCCCGGGACAGGUCCUGCUUACGGGGGGCUCCAGCAGAGGAGGCAGGGGUGCAGUGACCAGGCUGCUCCUCCGAGGCCAGGCUGGCUGGAGAUGUGCCUGUGUGGGUUCAUCAGAGGACUGGGGUGCGCGGGUGUGCCACAGUGUAACAUCCCUCCCUGGAGGAGGUGCAGUGGUGUAUGGAGGUCGCUCCUCUCCACUCAACCCAAUCAAAAGCCUUCUCAAAGUGACCUUUGAACCCUGUGAUCUACUGGAGCCUCUUGGCCCUGAAGACCAAGACACAGUGAAGCUCUGUGUAACGCAGAUGGCUUGUACUGGUGACCCACCACAGCCGAGGUGGAGACACACAGCAGCUGUGGUCAGUCAUGGAGGUAAAGACUUCCUGUUUGUGUUUGGUGGAAGGAACGAAUCGGAGGCGGUUCUGGGUGACGGCGCUUUCCUGUGUCUUGACCAGCAGCACUGGACUGAGAUCCCAGUGGAGGGCACGGCACCUGAAGCUCGUUUCUCCCACUCGGCAUGUUCCUACCAAGGAGGCGUGGUGGUGUUUGGAGGACUGGGAAGAGGAGGAGUCCCACUGGGGGAUACAGUAGUGCUACGGCCCACAGCUACAGGCUUCUGCUGGGAAAGACUGAAAGUCCAGCCCCCACCUGUUCCCAGGUACUCCCAUUCUGCCCAUGUGACUCGUGAAAGGCUGAUUGUGGUGGGCGGAGUUUGGCUGCAUCCAGAUGGUGUACCUGGUGUUGCUGUGAUAGACCUGAUUUCUGGCAGCAGUGUCGAGUUCACUCUGGACACAACCUCAGUGCCCUGGCCUCUGAUGCUGCACUCCUUCUGCUCGGAGCUGACAGACCCGGAAGAGCCUGUGCUGCUCCUGAUAGGUGGGGGAGGAAACUGUUUCUCCUUUGGGACCCACCUCAACCCUCAACCCGUCACUGUGGACCUCAGACCUGUGCUGGGAUAGAGUGGCCUGUGUUUCUGUGGAACUGUUUCAGCUGCUUGGAACAAAGGACUCUUCAUGGCCUGAGUCAGACAGGGUUAAGCAAAUUAACUUACAGUUUUUUUAGACAGCUUCAGAUAGUUUGGCUCAGGUCUGAUUUGCUCCUCUUAAAGAAGCUCAAACAACCGUGUCAUUUUGAUCUCACACUUAAUUAUCUCCAUUACGCGGCAGCCAGGAAGGGGCCGUGCAUUUUGUUGUGUGUGUCCAUCCAUGUGCAUGUAUUUGCAUGCAACUAAUCUUGUUUAUUAGCCCGGUUAGCCUAAUACUUUUUAUGCACAGUCGUGACUGUAUGGACCUCUCAAGGUUGCAAUGAUUCAAAACCUUUAAAAAAAACUGUUUUAUACUGCAAUUGUGUGCUAACUCCUCAUUCCUUUUAAGCAGCUGGUAGGGGCCACAAGUGACCAAAAACUGCUUCAGUUUGGAAACUUUUUUUUUUUUCAUUUAAGGACAACCAAUCAUGUCUUGUUGCCACAGAUUCAAAGACAGUUACAGUCGUGUCUUCUCUUGCAAGAGAUUCAAAAGUUAACCUACAUGCCAGGGCACGUUAGUUGGUGGAUUUUUUUUUGUUCCCUUUGAAAUUGACAUUUUACUUCACUCUUUCUUUUAUGAUUUGUCCCUGUCUAGACUUGCACCUCAAGGCAGGACAAUUGUGGCAUGUAUUCAUUCAAACAAACAGUACAAUCAAUGAUGUCAGCCAGCUGCUGAAAUGUCUUUGUCAGUUAAUUUAUCACUUGUGGCUGCGAUACAUUGGGCAACUUGUUAAUCAGCAUGACCAGCAGCCUGCCCUGCAGUUCCUGUCUGUCACCCAAAUGCCCACAGACAUGCCUGGUGAGAUCUGUACUCUUUUAGCUGUUUAUGCUUAAAUCCUACAGAGGGAAAUAGCCUCUUGCAACUUAGGUCAAGCAGUUACCAAUGAUCAUUCAGGCUUGUGGUUGAAACAAAUGCACAAAAAAAUCAACAGACAUUGUCAGAUUGACACGUCACAUGCAUAAAAUCUAAACAAAUGUCAUUGUUUGCUUAUUGGCAGCUUUUUAUUUCAAGUGAGACCUCAGUUUUAAAUUACAAAGUAAUCAAUGAAGGUAUAGUCGAAUAUAGACUCAUGCCCUGGCAUAGAU